AACAAUGUUACAGCACUUCAUGUAGCCAGCAAGUGGGGCAACGUAGCCGUAGUCGAGCACCUACUGGCGUCUGGUGCAGAACUCGAGUGUUUCACUCGGGAUGGACUGACGCCACUUCACUGCGCCUCUCGUUCUGGUCAUGCUCAGGUGGUUCAACUACUCCUCAACUCUGGUGCAAAUUUUUCAGCAAAGACCAGAAGUGGACUCACAGCCCUGCACAUGGCUGCCCAGGGCGACCAUCCUGAGUGUGUGAAGUUGCUGCUCUUUCAAGGCGCCGAAGUGGACGAUGUGACAAUCGAUAACCUUACAGCUCUCCACGUUGCUGCACACUGUGGCAGCGUCCGAGUUGCAAAGGUACUUCUCGACGCUCACAGUAACCUCAAUGCAAGAGCUAGAAAUGGCUUUGCACCCCUUCAUAUUGCUUGCAAAAAGAAUCGAAUAAAAGUGGUCGAACUAUUUCUAAAGCACGGUUGUAUGGUGGAUGUGGCAACAGAAUCUGGUUUGACGCCACUACAUGUUGCCGCUUUCAUGGGAAAUAUCAAUAUCGUAGUGUUAUUGUUAAAACACUCAGCUGAUCCCAAUGGACAAACAAUGCACAAUGAAACGUCUCUUCAUCUGGCGACUCGUGCUGGUCGGAUUGAAACAGUUAAAUUGCUUCUUCGAAAUGGGGCAAUUGUCGACGCCAAAUCAAGGGGUAACCAAACAAGUUUACAUGUGGCUGCUCUGUUGGGUAAUUGUGAGCUCAUCACCGUUCUCCUGCAAAAUGGAGCCAAUGUUCAAGCUGUCACCAAGGAUGGUCAUUCAGCUCUUCAUGUUGCCACAAAAGCAGGACACGACGAGGCCAUCUCAUUGCUAUUGGAGUCUGGAGCACAAGCUGAUGUGUUGACUAAGUCUGGAUUCACACCACUGCAUCUAGCAGCAAAGUAUUCACGAUUGCGACCGGCACAGCUGCUGAUUGAGGCUGGCGCCCAGUUGGAUAUACCGGGAAGGAAUGGGCUCACACCACUUCAUUUGGCCUCGCAUUAUGGAUCAGUCAGCGUGGUCAAAGCUCUCCUUGACAAAGGAGUAAGUUAA